UUCACAGAUCCCUACUUUGUUUCAGCGAAAGCUAAGGUGGGCAUAUGAAGGUUUAGAAAUUCUUAGCAGCUUGAUAAUGUGAAAAUUUACAACCAAGUCUACAAACUAAAUGAGAUCUAUAAGCAGCAGACUAUGAUACUGAACAUAGAACAAAAAGCAGGGGAAAUUGCUCAAAAAUCUGCAAAAAUGAAUCUAAGACUGAGAUCCAAGACUCGUAUCUUAGUUUUAAACUAUCUGCAGCAAAAGAGGUUGCUCCAACCCAACAAAUCGCAACCAAAAAGAGACAAUAUAGGAAGGAAUCGUUGAAUUCUGAUUUUAAGAUCCGUAAAGCUACUCACUGGCACAUUCCUUCUUUUGCACCAAGAUCAGCGAUUAAGGUACCUACUUUGAUUCCUUGAUCAAAAAUUUUGAAAAGGAAACGCUCUCACAAAGUAAAAAGAAAAUACCAGAAAUCAGACCAUCCCAGUGAAGCUCUAAAUUGAUCAAAUUUUUCGCAUAAAAAUAGAGCUGUUUGCAAGCUUCAGCCAUAAUUUUAGUUGAUUAUUUCAACCAAGAGCUGACCAAGGAGUCGUCAUUUCUUGAAUUAGUCCAGGAGGAACUCUCUAAAUCACAGAUAGUUCAUAUGAGGAUAAACCCUGCUUCAGCAUUUGAGGAGGCUAAAGACCUUAAGACAGUCAAUUAGCCUACCCUACCACUUAAUAGAUGGAUUCCCGAAGAAUACUGUCAUAAAUGCAUGAGAUGAAAAAGAGAGUUUGAUCUCUUUGUCCGUAAACAUCAUUGCAGGAGAUGAGGAAACCUCCUCUGCUAUAACUGUUGUGAAAAUUGGGCAAGAAUCAAAGAUAUUUUGAAGCAGGCCUUGACAAAGAACAGAAGAAGAUCUUCUGACUACAACAUCCAGAGUAUAGUAAUAUUUGUAAGAAGA